AUGGCAGACACCAAGAUGGCGGCUGUGCAGGCCAAGCUGCAGGUGACGUCGCGCGACUUCCAGAAGCUCGAGGCUGAGAUGACGAGUGUGAUUGAGGCGCGGCAACGGCUCGACGCGCAGCAGUCUGAGAACGAGCAGGUGUUGAAGGAGUUCGCAAGCCUCAAGGCCCACAACACGGUGUACAAGCUUAUCGGACCUGGUCUCGUGCAGCAGGACCCCACCGAGGCCAAGGCAAACGUCGAGAAGCGUCUCGAGUUCAUCAAGAACGAGAUCAAGCGCGUCGAGGGGCAGAUCAAGGACCAGGAGGCGGUCGCGGGGAAGAAGAAGGAGGAGAUCAUGGCUCUCCAGCGCGAGUUCCAGGCGCUGCAGGGCCCCAGCAAGGCAUAA